CACGAAAAAGCACAGCACGCGGCCGAACUGCCACGCUGUUCCGCAAUGGCGUUGCGCAGCUGGAUCUGGGUGCUCCGGCCCCUUUAAUAGGAGGCUGUUCAGCUGUCGUAAGCGUCUGCACCCAAUCAUAUAGCCAUUCCCAGGGGGGUUCUGACCUCUGCCCUGCACAUCAUUCGUUCUCCUUCCUGCUGCUUUCUCUCUCUUUCCUCUCGAGAGAGAGGAGAGGGAGAGGGAGAGAGAGAGGUAGAAGGAGGAGGAAGAUACAAGAAAGCAGGGCCCGGCCUCAUCGUCAGCCUCUGAUCGAACAAUUCUCCCCCAGGCACAACACAACAUGGCUCUAAUAUUGGCAACGCUCGCUCAUCGGGAUUCGUGCGCGGACGUGCAGGGACACGCGGUGGCUCCCAAGUUCGGCUCCUGGGACGCCGAGAACAUCGGCUACACCGUCUUCUUCGAGAAGGUGCGCGACAACAAGGGCCCGCCGGCGCCGGCGCGGGCGGCCGCUCCCAAGGCGCCAGGAGGCGGCUACGACUUCGACCCCUACGAGCACUACGAGAACCUGAGCCGGAACGUGCCCUCGCGCCCGCCGAGCUCGCACGGCCACGGCCACGCGCCGGCGCCCGCUCCCAGGGCUGCCCGAACUUACGACUUCGACCCCUACGAGCACUACGAGGACCUCAGCAGGAACGUGCCCUCCCGGCCGCCGAGCUCGAACGGCCACGCGCCGGCGCCACAGCACCACCGCGGCAGCGGCAAUGGCUACCACCGGAGGACGGGGAGCAACGGCAGCAGCGGCGCGUCGGAGGCCAGCAGCCGCGGCAGCAAGUUCUCGCCGCCCAAGCCGUACCAGCCCCGGUACAGCAGCAACAACAACUACCACCACCCGGCGCAGCAAGGCGGCGGCCACCACUACGUCGCGCCGGCAGCGCCGCGCCACCACCCACCCCCGCCCCCGCGGCUCCCGAAGCCAUCGGCCGUGCCAAGGUUCGGCGUGUGGGACGAGCAGAACGCGGCGAUGGCGGCGCAGGGCUACACGGUGCAGUUCGAGAAGGUGAAGCGGCACCGAGAAGAGGUCAAGGCCUCCCCCGCGCCGCCCGUGCCGCCGCCGCAGCUGUCGCCGCAGCGCGACGUGACAGCGCCGGCUCAUCUCUAUCGGAAGCGGAAGACCAAGAGGUCCUUCCUGUCCAAGGUGUACAGGUGCAUGUUCCCAGUGGUCAGAGAGUGAGUGAUCGAGGCUGCAGCUUGGUUGAUUAGUAGUAAUCCGACGUUAAUUACCACUCGAUAGUAUACGUGUUCUUCAACAGGGACUGUAUUCUACUUGAAAAUUUCAUCGUUCUUUGUUCAUCAUAUAUGUAUAAGCUCCUGGCAUGAAUCAAAUCACACGACAAAGCCAAGUUGGGGUA